CAUUCUCAUGAAGAGAAGAUAAAGUCACGGAUCUGUGACAAAGUUUUCAUUCAUAAUUUUCGAAGAAACUCGCACCGUGUUGCUGUCAGAGAAAGAAGCAAUGCUGAAGCUUUUUUUACUGUUCCUAUGCACCGGUGCCCUUUGUAUCACCGUUGAAGCGCAAGGGUGUCGUGAUCGUCAUGAAAACUGCUACUUUUGGUAUCUGGCAGGCUAUUGCCACAAUGUCAUGCAUGCGAAUGCCAUGAUGUCAGUUUGCCCAAAAUCUUGCGAUUUAUGCUCACCCACAGGCAUCUUCUCUUUUCGGAGGAAUCUAGCAUGCGUUGAUAAGGAAUCAAGCUGCCCUAGUUACAGAGAUGCUGGAUACUGUGACCGAUACCGUGAUUGGAUGCGGACGAAUUGUGCACGAUCUUGCGGCCUCUGUCCAACCCAGGCGCCAGCUACAGGCUGUCAAGAUUUGAACAACUAUUGCUCGACUUGGAAGCAAUACUGUGACUCAAACAGUAUUUAUUGGCCGUACAUGACAAAGAACUGCAGGAAGACUUGCAACUUAUGCACAGAUGGUGGCACUGGUGGAGGUGGUUCAGGUGGCACUCAAGGCAAGAAAGAAUAUGAAUGUGAUUUUGAAACGGAUUUCUGCGUAUGGGCCAAUCAGCCUAUUGAUGAUGCAGCCAACUGGGUUAUCGGCGUUGCAAGUGGUGGACCAUCUUCAGGUGCCAAUGGAUCAGCAAGUUACGCCUAUGUCGACUCGACUGUGAACAACUACAAUGCAAAAUUGAUUCUCCCAUGGGAACUAGUGCUGCCAGCUGACAAAAUGUACAUCGGUGCAAUGUGUCUUCAUUUCAGCUUCCAAACAGGAAAUGGUGGAAGCAUAAAAAUUGUCGAAGAUAUUUACCCAAGUACAAGCAGCAAGACUCCAGGCCAAAAUGUCAAAGCUACACUUCAGGGAAGUGGAACUUGGGUCAAUGGAAAAGUUCUUGUGCAGGUUGAUGACAAAAGACAGCUGUCGAUCGAUGGAAUUGUUGGUUCAUCAGGAAGAAUAGUCAUCGACAAUGUUUAUUUUGUUAAAGGAAAUUGUUGAAAAAGGUUCUUGUGCGAAAUAUGAAUUCAAGAAAUAUGUUGGUUUUAAUAAGAAAUUGCUUUAUCAAA